AUGAAGUUUCAACUUUCUUGCUUUAUUUUGUUCUGCACUUUCUCCGGUAUCGUUGCCAGGAUAUUCGAUCGCUGCUCUUUGGCUCGUGAGCUGUCGCGUCUGGGUGCGCCGCGUGGCGAUAUACCCGCUUGGGUGUGUAUUGCGCAGUAUGAGAGUACGUUCAAUACGGCGGCCAUUGGUCCACCGAACUCGGAUGGUUCGCGUGAUUGGGGUCUCUUUCAAAUCAACGAUCGUUUUUGGUGUGAUCCUCAAGAUGGACGUCGCACGUCGAAUAUUUGUGGUACACCAUGUCGUUCGUUGACUACCGAUGAUAUUAGUACAUCGCUGCGUUGUGCGCGCCAAAUACAGGGUGCACAAGGUUUUGGCGCUUGGACUGUGUGGAAUGGACAGUGUCAGGGCGGUCGGGCCUUACCGAAUAUAAAUGAUUGUUUGUAA